UUUCAGGCAACCCUGCAGUGCCUGCACGUCUUUGUCAUUUCAAAAGUUGCAGCACUGAAAAUGUUGUCGUUGUGCACUUUUCUUUCUUUGUGCUCCUGCCUACUGCUUAGUGCCCUAGUCUGAAAUUUUCACUGGAUUAAUUUGUUUUAUAAUUAGGUUAUUAGUUUCCCUUCACUGCUGCAACUAGCCUAGGAUUCUUUCUAUAUCUUUAACAUAAUGGGAAUAUCCGGGCUUUUACCUUUUUUGAAAAAAUCAUCUGUAAAUUGCCAUGUCCGCCAAUUCAGAGGCAAAACUGUGGCAAUUGAUGGUUAUUGUUGGUUACAUAAAGGAGCUUUUUCAUGUGCCGACAAAUUAGUGAAAGGAGAAAAAACGGAUGCGUAUGUCACUUACUGUAUGAAAUUUAUAAAUAUGCUUUUGUCACAUGACAUCAAACCAAUCUUAGUUUUUGAUGGACAACCAUUGCCUUCAAAAUUGGGAACAGAAUUAAAACGAAGAGAAAAUCGUGAAAGAAACAAAAUUCAAGCCAGAGAAUAUCUUCGCCAAGGGAACAAUUCAAAGGCCAGAGAAUGUUUUCAAAAAUGUGUUGACGUGACAUCUACAAUGGCUUUGGAAUUAAUUAAAGUUUGCAGAGCAAGAAAUAUUGAUUGUAUUGUUGCUCCAUAUGAAGCAGAUGCUCAGUUGGCAUUUUUAGCAAUUCAAGGUAUAGCCCAUUUGAUUAUCACUGAAGAUUCAGACUUGCUAGCAUUUGGUUGUCCUCGAAUAUUGUUCAAAAUGGACCAAGCUGGAACUGGUGUACUCAUCGAAAAAGAUAAACUCUUUCUGUCUCUUGGAGGACAGGCUGAGUUCUUCAAUGAUGAAAAAUUCAGAAGGAUGUGCAUUCUAUCUGGAUGUGAUUAUUUACCUUCGUUAAAAGGUAUCGGAUUGGCGAGAGCGUUCAAAUUCUUCAGUGGGAGUACAGACAGCGAUUUAAAUUCACUCCUUUGCAAAGUCCCUGCCUGCUUGAAUAUGCCUACUCUCGAAAUCACUUUGGAAUACCGAGAAAAUUUCGUCAAGGCUGAACAGACAUUUCUAUAUCAACUAAUAUAUGAACCGAGGCAACGGAAGCUACUUCCUCUCACUACUUAUCCACCAAAUUUAGACCCUGAGAGUUUACCGUUUGCUGGACGCUACAUGACAGAUGACGUCGCUUUCCAACUAGCAAUAGGUAAUCUGGAUGCCGAAACUCUAGAAAGACUUGACAACUAUGAUCUGGACAUGGUAGUCUCAAAACGAAAUCAAUGCUUACUCACGAAACACCCUAGCAUCUGGUCUAAGAAUUUCGUUGCCCAGCAGUAUAGUUCAUCUUCAUCUGAGGUUGUAAGUGCAAAACCCUCCAUGACAUUUGUGUGCAAGCAAACUACUGCCAAAAUAGAAUUUAGUAUACCAAAAGCAGCCGAACAAGUCGAAGGUAUAAGCGACAACGAGCUGGCAAGCCAAUAUACCAAGAAGGAAUCGCCGUCCUCACCUAUUUUAACUCGUAAACGUAAACGAACCAAUGAAAACAUUUCUCCGUCUCAAAGUCAAGCCAGACGUUCGAUCGAAUCAUCUCUUCGAACAGAAGCAUCCGUGAAUAAUGAAAGUGAAAAAUGCAAUGGUCUUGCAUCAUUAUUGGAUCCCUUUGCAGAACCUAUUAUGACGAAAACGGUUUCCGAGAAUGUGACACCUUUGAGGAAAAGCAACCCGUUCGUCAAGUUAAAAACUUCGUCAAAAGAUGUCAAAACUUCACCACAAACUUCUCCAAUUUCUUCCACGUUCAAGACACUCCAAACUUUCAGUCAAUUGAGGAAGUUUGAUCCCAAUGGCCAGGAGAUAGUUACAAGUGCCUAUUUCCAUGCAGAGAACGUCACAUCUACUGAAAAACCAAAAAGUAAUAUUCUUAGUUGUGGCAACCACGUGAUGCCAAUAAAUGUAAGCGAAAUCUCUUCCCAGUCGCCGAAACCUUAUGCGGGAAAGAAAGACACAUGUUCACCCUUAAUGAAUUCAUCAAUCAAUACCGAGGAAUCUGUCACUGUCACCAAGAAGAUCCCACUCAGUGGGUUUCGAGUUUCCGGGCUUAGUCGACAGAAAAAUAAGGACCCUUCAAAAACAAUUGUAACAAAUGGAAUGAGGCAACUUGAUUUGCGGAGUAUGUUUGCUCCGAAACCGUGAUUUGGCGGGCUCGCUACAAUCGAGAUUUUCCAUUCCCAGGAAGAGCAUUCUAUUUUAAUUUAAUAAAUCGAUUUUGUACAGUGCCCAUGCAACUCAGUUUACUCGAACGAUUUUUUGGUUAAUAAAUUCAUAACUUUCUUUAUAA